GUGAUGGCAAAAUGACAAGGGCAAGCGAAGGAAACAUGCGCUGCGCUAGUUGAUGAGCAUCUCUAUGCAAUCCCCAUACUCCAUCACAGAUCAAACUACCCACGAUGAUAAGCAUAAAAAAACUAGCUGAAUCACCUGGCCUCACCUCCGUCCCUCCCACCUAUACUUUCACCCCGAAUCCCAAUGAUCAUCCAGUUUCAGAUGAUCCAAAGGACUCAAUCCCCGUCAUUGACUUCGCUCUCUUCACCUCCGGCACUCUAGAUCAACGCUCCAAGCUCGUCCAUGACCUUGGCAAAGCUUGCCAAGACUGGGGCUUCUUCAUGGUGAUCAAUCAUGGUGUGCCCGAGAGCCAGAUGAAGGCGAUGAUCAAGGCUUGCGGUGAGUUCUUCAAUCUGACGGAGGAGGAGAAGCAGGAAUUUGCAGGGAAGCAUGUUCUGGACCCCAUCAGGUGCGGCACCAGCUUUAAUGCUUCUGCGGACAAAGUAUUAUUUUGGAGGGAUUUUCUCAAGGUUUUUGUACAUCCUAAGUUUCACUCACCGACUACACCCUCUGGAUUCAGAGAGAUCUUAUUGGAGUACAGCAAAAGAACCAGAAAACUAACUCUGGACUUGCUGGAAGGAAUAUCAGUGAGCUUGGGAUUAGAAGACGGCUAUAUGGAAAAGGCCAUGAAUUUGGAAUCGGGUUUACAGAUCCUGGCUGCAAACUUGUAUCCGCCAUGUCCAGAGCCAGAAGUAGCAAUGGGCAUGCCUUCUCAUUCUGAUCACGGCCUCUUGACCCUCCUCAUACAUAAUGGGAUCUCCGGCCUUCAGGUGCAGCAUAAAGGAAAGUGGAUUAAUGUAAAUUCCAUUCCCAAUGCAUUCGUGGUUAACAUUGGCGACCACUUGGAGAUUGUGAGCAACGGCAGGUACAAGAGUGUCUUACAUCGGGCCACAGUGAAUGAAAAAGCUACCAGAAUAUCGAUAGCUACGGUCUAUGGACCAUCGCUAGACACGGUUGUUAGUCCAGCACCAGAGUUGGUUUACCUCGAAACCAAUCCACCAGCAUUCAAAGGAAUGAAGUACAGGGAAUACUUGGAAAUGCAGCAGAGCAACAAGCUUGAUGGCAAAUCCUGUUUGCAUCAUGUACGAAACCUGGCUGCCUAGAUAGAGUAUUUUGCUCUAUGUUUUCCAUGUAAUUACUCAUAAACAACUUUUUCUUUUUCCCAGUUGAAGGUCUGAUGUUGCCAGAAGCUGCUGCUUGAUCAACAGUAGAACUAAAAACACAGAGUUAUGACAUCUCUAAUAUUCUUCUUAGAACUUAAAA